GUGACAAAGAGCGCGUGCUUCACGUAGGCUCCUGAUGGGGAAGAUCUGAGGAUUUCUGUGUGUGUGUGUGUGUGUGUCAUUGCGGAUUGGACUGUGCCGUAGUGUCCGGGUGCAUCCGCUCUUUGCGUGCGUCUGUGCGUGUGCAUGCGUGCGUGCGUGCGCGCUUGUGUGUGUGUGUGUGUGUCAUGGGCUGUAACGAGCCAAGCAAGAGGGAUCGAAGAAAGCGAAUUAGCACCUGUUAACAGAAUAGCACUUCAUCGCAGAAGGCAUGCGAAAGUUCGCCAUCGGCCCACCCGAAGGACUCGCACGUAUCACAUCAUGUGAGUCCCCACACACCACGUUAUGCCUCAUGGAUUAACAUCCGUCCUGACCGCGUGGUGGAUCUUUCUGCAGGGUGUAUUCUUCCUGACAUUGGCACAUGGAUUUCAAGACCUCAAAAGAAGAGACAAAGACGGGGAUUUUUCUACUGCAAGAUGGUAAUGAAGAGCCCUUCAACAUCCGCCUGCACUUGUCCAAAGACAUUCUAACCAUUCAAGAGCAAGACGUUAUUUGCGUUUCUGGGGAAUCGUUCUACUCGAGUGAAAGAACUGUAACAAUCCGACGGCAGACGAUUGGAGGAUUCGGUUUAAGUAUAAAGGGCGGCGCCGAACACAAAAUCCCGAUUGUGAUUUCAAAAAUAUCAAAAGAGCAGAAGGCCGAGCUCUCUGGUCUCCUGUUCAUAGGCGAUGGGAUUCUCCAGAUAAAUGGGAUAAAUGUCAGAAGCUAUCGGCAUGAAGAAGUGGUCCAGGUUCUGCGGAAUGCUGGAGAAGAAGUAACUUUGACCGUGUCUUUCCUGAAAAGGACGCCCGCCUUUCUGAAGCUGCCGCUCUGUGAAGACUGCACGUGUGUCCCAAGUGACCAGAGCAGCGGGACGUCGUCUCCACUGUGUGACAGUGGCUUACAUCUGAACUAUCACCCCAACAAUACGGACACGCUGUCUUGCUCGUCUUGGCCAAUGUCCCCAGCGCUACGCUGGGAGAAGCGAUGGGUGGAUCUACGCCUCAUCCCUCUGCUCCACGCUCGUCUCUCACAGUACAUGCCCGGCUCUGAUAUCUGCAGGCAAAACGCCUUUCAGGUCAUCGCGGUGGACGGGGUUUGCAGCGGGAUCAUUCAGUGUCCUAGUGCUGAAGAGUGCACUGAGUGGCUUCAAGCAAUAGCAUCCAAUAUAUCUGCUCUCACCAAGCACAAUGUGAAGAAGAUUAACAGAAAUUUUCCUGUAAAUCAGCAGAUCAUUUACAUGGGCUGGGUGGAUGAGAAAGAGCAGGACUCUGUUCAGGACCGCAUGUACACUCCAAAGUUCCUGGCGUUACGGGGUUCAUCUCUUUUCAAAUUCUCAGCACCUCCAGUAACGACCUGGGACUGGACAAGAGCUGAACAAAGCUUCACUGUCUAUGAGAUCAUGUGCAAGGUCCUUAAGGACGGCGAGCUGCUGGACAAGCGGCGGCAGUGUUUCAGCGUGCAGAUGGACACUGGCGAGGACACCGUUUUCAGUGUGGAGCUGGAGAGUGAUCUCGUGCUCUGGGAGAAGGCCUUCCAGAUGGCCACCUUUCUCGAGGUGGAAAGAAUACAGAGUAAAACAUAUGCCUGUAUCACAAAGAGCCACCUGAUGGGGCUUACAAUAGACUUCAGCAUGGGCUUCGUCUGCUUUGAUGCAGCUUCCAAGGUUGUGCUAUGGCGGUACAAAUUUUCCCAGCUCAAAGGAUCCUCAGAUGACGGCAAAAGCAAAAUCAAGUUUCUCUUCCAGAACCCGGACACGAAGCUCAUCGAGGCAAAGGAGCUGGAAUUCUCCAAUCUUUUCGCGGUUCUGCACUGCAUUCAUGCUUUUUUCGCUGCCAAAGUGGCAUGUCUGGACCCAGUGCUCGUGGGCAGUCCAAAUACCGCAGCAGCUACAGCGGUGCCCACACUGACCUCAGUCACCUCCCUGGGCCAGGCUUCCAGGUUGAAGUACUUGAGUUGAAUGGCACUUGACAUUUUGACACAGCUCCGGAUUGAAGAGAAGACAGAGAGAGAGACAGGAGACAGGAGACAGACAUAUUUCAGCAGCCGUGACUCAUUUCCUUAUUGGACUACAUGAAGGAACCUGCUUAUAUUGGGCCAAAGACUGAAAUAAGUCAGGUGUGAUAUUAUAUUUUGAAUAUGCCAGAGUGGCAGUGUGUGUGUGUGCGCGUGUGUGUGUGUGCGCAGUAUGUUCGGUCGGUAUUUCCUAACAGUGUGUGCUUUCAAAACUUUUUUUUUUUUUUGACUCAGUUGAGUUAGUUUUGAGUACUAGGCACCAUCAGGCGUACUCCGUUAUAACACCAAUAUAGAAAAUCAUUUAAUUAUUUGAUUUAUGGUUCUGUGCAUAAGUAUUCACCCCCUUAAACCUUGACAUCCUAACUUUUUAAUAAUAAUAAAAAAAAUCUUCAAUAAAACAGAAUUCUGGGAGUGAAUGACAGUGAUUUUUUUUUAUCAGCUUUGCCAAAAAAUGCUGAUAUACAGUAUAUACACAGUAUAUAUAAAAAAAAUCCUCACAACAUGAUAAUACCCCCACAAUGCUUCACUGUGGGGGACGGUGUUCUCAGGGUGAUCUUUUGUUUCUGACAAUGUAUUCUGAAAACACUUGCCACUUAAAUUGCACAAGGUGGACUCCAUUCAACUAAAUGCUUAGAAAUGGUUACGCCAAAUGCAAACUGUAUAAAUCCAAUUCCAUCCGAUUCAGUUUGACUGAGCGUCCAGCUUGUACUGGAAAGUUGAAUAGUAUUUUGCGUUGUGUUCUUUCGAAUCUUAGUACACGCUCAUAUAAAGCAGAAAAUGAGUCCUAAAUAACAAGGACUCCUAAAUAAUACUUUCCUAUCACUUACCUGAAGUACAGAUUAAACAGAGUACUGUAACCCAAUGUUCAAAGCCUUUAAUCUUAUCUUUUAUAAUAUCGCUCUGUACAUACCGGUUCUUGUCCUUUUUAAUUUGUCAUUUAGAGCAUGACGCCAUCAUAAGAACUAAACAAGACGUUUAUAAUAAGCAGAGUACGUAGCAUAGUCCAAAGCAUUCAAUCUCAACACAGGUGAUUCUCAGUGGUCUUAGUUCUUUGUUUGUUUUUCCCCCCUUACGUUAAUUCUAGUACUCUGUUAGAAUGAAAGCGUAAAUGUAGUGUAGACUAAAUUUAAAUGGGUUUUUUUUUUCCCCUUUCUAUUUGACUACUAUGGGUUUGCUAAUUCAUUCUCCAGUGGGAUGCUCAAAAAAGAAAAAAAGAAAUCUAAUAAUCAAUAACUUGUCAUUGCAGUGCACUUUAGUCCAACAAUUUACCCAAGUGAAACUUUUUUUUUUUUUCAUUUGACUCCUUUGGAGCAUUUUGGUGGGAAAAAAAUAAGUUGGUUGAAUAUUGAGGAUUGUAUUUUUCUGAAGUGCCGUAAGCAUUUUGAGAGUGAUUACUUUGUCGAGGUGCACUAAAG